ACAGUGGUGAUAAACCGGAGGUUGAGCAGAGAGUAGGUAGGCGGGGCUUGGGGUGGGGCCAGGCCAAAGGACCUCUCACUUAGGAGCGUCUCCAUUCUGUCCCCUCUCCGGGAACAUCCAAGGCAAGACUGGCACCCGGAACACUACAGUGACGGAGCAGAGCCCACCCCCGGGAGCCAUGGAGUCCUUCAGCUCGAAGAGUCUGGCCCUGCAGGCAGAGAAGAAGCUCCUGAGUAAGAUGGCGGGGCGCUCGGUGGCGCAUCUCUUCAUUGACGAGACGAGCAGCGAGGUGCUGGACGAGCUCUACCGCGUGUCCAAAGAGUACACGCACAGCCGGCCCCAGGCCCAGCGGGUCAUCAAGGACCUGGUGAAGGUGGCCGUCAAGGUGGCCGUGCUGCACCGCAGCGGCUGCUUCGGCCCCGGGGAGCUGGCCCUGGCCGCCCGCUUCCGCCAGAAGCUGCGGCAGGGCGCCAUGACGGCGCUGAGCUUCGGCGAGGUGGACUUCACCUUCGAGGCGGCCGUGCUGGCCGGGCUGCUGACCGAGUGCCGGGACGUGCUGCUGGAGCUGGUGGCGCAGCACCUCACGCCCAAGUCGCACGGCCGCAUCCGCCAUGUGUUCGACCACUUCUCGGACCCGGGCCUGCUCACGGCCCUGUACGGGCCCGACUUCACCCAGCACCGGGACAAGAUCUGCGACGGGCUCCGCAAGCUGCUGGAUGAGGGGAAGCUCUGAGCCCGGAAGCCGGCACGGUCCACGGUGGCUGGCGCAAGGACCAGGACUGCUCGCCCGCACCAGCUUUCCCGACCUCAGGCUUCCUUCUCCCUGAGAGCGCCUCGCCGGGGCCACCCACGCCCACACUGCCGGGGUGGGGGAGCCGGGAGCCCCUCUCCCCCUCCAGCCCGGACAGGAAACAGCUGCCUGAAAGGCGAAGUGAAACCGGGAUCGCUAUUUCUCCCGUAAGGGACAUGUGAAACAGGGAAGCCCCUGCCUGUGAGCCAGGGCACGCGGACGCUGCCCACAUAACCCCCGGAGGACACUAAAGGAGAAAGGGAGAAGGUGGCCCUGAGGGGCAUCCUGGACUCCCGCUCCAGGCAGCAGGCGACAGACCCCAGGGGCGGGACCGGAGUGCAGGCAGAGGGCCAGGGCCGGGGGGAGUGCGGCAGGGGAAAUAAAACCACUCAAACAGG